AUGUCGAAGUCCUUGCCGUUGCACCUUUCAGAUCGCAUUCCUCUCGAGGUGUUUGAAGACAUCGUUGACUAUAUGCCCAUAUCUACCUUGCUGGAUGCCGUGUUGGUUUGUCGUGCCUGGCAUUCCCGAGCCAGUCGCCGCCUCUAUUCCACAGUCGUGAUCAAGUCGCGCACGCAGUACGACCUGCUGGUCGAGCAGUCUCGCACGUCGCCUCGCGUCAAGCAAUGGCUUACGACGACCCGCGAUCUCAUAGUCCUUUGUUCCUACAACUCAAAGCGAGAAGGGAUCACCUUCCUCAAUUCCCUGCCUCUCGUCUUCGCCCACACAUUACCUGCUCUCCGAGUACUCGACAUCCGUCGUAUGCUGUGUUAUAACAUGCACCCGACGUUCUACCAUGCCCUCCGUUGCUUCACCCACAUCAUGUCGCUGCGCUUGGAUGAUGCUGUGCUGGGGAAUGUUGCGCAGCUACGGCGGAUCGUCUGCGCGUUUCCGCACCUCGAAGACCUGGCAUUGGACCGGGUGACCUUCAGGCAACCACGUUACGUCAGUUCUCGACCCCCCUAUUGGACAGACACCCCGCUUCGGCCUCAGUCCAAUACACGGCUCAAGGUCCUUACAAUCUCUGCUCAUCCAAAUGCUGGCUCGGACUCCUUCAUCAGCCAAGCCAACUGGCUUGUCACUUCGGCACUGUGUGUCUCUCUCCGCAAUUUGGUUGUACGGUUCUUGUGUAAAGAUGAUCCCUAUCUCAAACUUGCAUGCGAGCAAGUCGAUCGACUCCUCGGGGCAAGCGGGACAUCCUUGACCUCCUUCCAUCGGAUAUAUGACUUUUGGCAUGGUUAUCCCCCGGCCAGAUUCAGCCUCAUCCACAACACAGCCCUGCGUACCUUGAAACUCGACCUGAACAUCCAUCUCAACAGGCCAGACGCUAACUGGCGAGCGGUGGCGACCGAGCUGCACGCUACCCUCUCCACGGUCCGGAGUUCCCAGAUCGAGCACAUCACUAUUGACACCAUGAUCUACUUUACGCUCGGCCGCUUGCCAGCAGACAGGGAGGACUGCAUCCCAUCAUGCGGGGAACUCGAGGCCGACCUGCGCAGUAUGCACGACGUCAUGGUUACGCCGUACUUCGAUGGGCUGAAGGACGUCGGUGUCAAGGUGAAGAUCUGGCACGAUAGGAGACGUAGUGCGGAUUGGGCGGACGACAUCGCGCGAGCGACCGUUCCCGUGUUCUGUCAAUUCCUUAGGCCGUGGCACAAGCGCGGUUUGGUCGACAUCUCAUACACGACUUGGGGUGGGCUGACGACAAUCGGGAGCUGGCCAUAG